AUCCAGUAUAAAGGCUGUACAGACUACUACCGCUCUCAUACAGACUCAGACACACACACACACGUCACCCAGAUUCAGUCAGUCACAGUGUAACACACACGGACCGAGGUCGCUAAUGCUACAGGCUGAGCAGUCACAAAUACCAGCAAGGAAUCAUUGACCAUCCACCCUCCCAGCAGAAGUCAUAAAACAUAACGGAGGGAACGUCUAAGAAGUUGAAAGAGAACUCUUCAGCCUUUUGGAAUUGAGACUGUACCAGAUCCACCAGACGUUGGGAUUUAAAGUCCUCUGUUGAACCAGGCCGGCACCAUCAUUUUAGACAGUCCCAACAGCACCAGAGGAAGGGAGUUCAUCUAGGAUCAGACAGUAUGCUGGCUCAGAUCCUACAGGAGAUGUGGGUGGACCCAGAGGUUCUGGAGGCCCUGAGUGAAGACCAGAGGAGAAUCUUGUUUCUGAAGAUGAGAGAAGAGCAGGUCAGACGCUGGAUUGAGAGGGAGGAGAAGGACGAGAGAGGGAGGAGAACCAGGGAACAACAUAGGUCUAAAGAAGGUCACAGUAAGAGCGUGCGCUGGCUGUUGGGUCGUGAUGGGGAUGUGAGUGUGAGCGUGAUCGGAGAGGUGGAUGAAUUUAUAUCCUCCAAACUCCCCCAGAUCCUUAGUACCAACACCAGACUACAGAGUACAGAAAUGAACAACCUAGUGGUUGAUCUCCAUACUGUGUCACUACUGAAAGACAGAGAGAACCACCAAACCAGCUCACAAUCAGCCACACUGAUGCAACUCAGCGUAGACUCAGACGGCUCUAAGGACUCUGAGGAGGACCACGACUCAGGCAGUGCUGAGGAAGACCCAAAGGACCCCGUGGAGGACAGCAGCGACAAUGAGUCAGGCAACAGCACAGACGACCUAAAGGACUGGGGCCUCUGCCACAGACCCCACCACAGCAACAUCAGCCUGUCUCUACAACCCCAGCUGUCAGUCACAGAGAUGGCCCGCCCACACGGCAGAGGAGUGGUGGUCAGUCAUGAGGAGGAGAGCCCAGCUUUUGGUGGUCGGGUGGCCCAGCUCAGGAGAACGUUUGCCACAUCCUCUCCUAUCGCCAAGCCUCCUGUGCCCACCAAACCUUCGCACCUGCAGCUGGUGCCCAGGUCCUCUCUGAGGUAACACUGGCGUCACCCACGGUCAACCAAUCACACAGAAGAGGUACUGCCCACCUGAAGUUCUCAUUUGAAUACCAGGUAAAAGUGACCUACGGACAGACACUCACCUGAGGAACGGUGCAGAGAAAUAAGAGCUCCAAACUUAGCCAAGUUAAAGGUGGACAUGCACAGCUGAGUGGGAGGAAUGCUUGACACUGGUACUCUGGUGAAGUGCCCCCCUCGUUGAAGGUUUGUGGAGACUGCAUGGUAGUUAUACAGUUCCACCUCUCCUUGAACCUAAAUACACAAGAGGUUUGGACAUGAUUAAUACAAGAGCUAUUUCUACAUAGUUACAUGGAAGUUUGUAUCUGAUUUGUACAUGGGGUGGAGGAAAAGAUUUAGCUUUACGUUUCUAAUCAGGAAUUAUGCAUAAUUAUUUUUACUUUGCUGUCUCUCGUAUGUUUGGGUCAUAGGUCAAACCAUCCUGGUAUGUUUGGGCCAUAGGUCAAACCAUCCUGGUAUGUUUGGGAUAUAGGUCAAACCAUCCCGGUAUGUUUGGGCCAUAGGUCAAACCAUCCUGGUAUGUUUGGGAUAUAGGUCAAACCAUCCUGGUAUGUUUGGGAUAUAGGUCAAACCAUCCUGGUAUGUUUGGGAUAUAGGUCAAACCAUCCUGGUAUGUUUGGGAUAUAGGUCAAACCAUCCUGGUAUGUUUGGGAUAUAGGUCAAACCAUCCCGGUAUGUUUGGGCCAUAGGUCAAACCAUCCUGGUAUGUUUGGGAUAUAGGUCAAACCAUCCUGUUAUGUUUGGGAUAUAGGUCAAACCAUCCUAGUAUGUUUGGGAUAUAGGUCAAACCAUCCUGGUAUGUUUGGGAUAUAGGUCAAACCAUCCUGGUAUGUUUGGGUCAUAGGUCAAACCAUCCUGGUAUGUUUGGGUCAUAGGUCAAACCAUCCCGGUAUGUUUGGGAUAUAGGUCAAACCAUCCUGUUAUGUUUGGGAUAUAGGUCAAACCAUCCUAGUAUGUUUGGGAUAUAGGUCAAACCAUCCUGGUAUGUUUGGGAUAUAGGUCAAACCAUCCUGGUAUGUUUGGGUCAUAGGUCAAACCAUCCUGGUAUGUUUGGGUCAUAGGUCAAACCAUCCCGGUAUGUUUGGGAUAUAGGUCAAACCAUCCCGGUAUGUUUGGGAUAUAGGUCAAACCAUCCCGGUAUGUUUGGGAUAUAGGUCAAACCAUCCUGGUAUGUUUGGGAUAUAGGUCAAACCAUCCCGGUAUGUUUGGGAUAUAGGUCAAACCAUCCUGGUAUGUUUGGGAUAUAGGUCAAACCAUCCUGGUAUGUUUGGGCCAUAGGUCAAACCAUCCUGGUAUGUUUGGGUCAUAGGUCAAACCAUCCUGGUAUGUUUGGGUCAUAGGUCAAACCAUCCUGGUAUGUUUGGGAUAUAGGUCAAACCAUCCUGGUAUGUUUGGGAUAUAGGUCAAACCAUCCUGGUAUGUUUGGGAUAUAGGUCAAACCAUCCUGGUAUGUUUGGGAUAUAGGUCAAACCAUCCUGGUAUGUUUGGGAUAUAGGUCAAACCAUCCUGGUAUGUUUGGGAUAUAGGUCAAACCAUCCUGGUAUGUUUGGGAUAUAGGUCAAACCAUCCUGGUAUGUUUGGGCCAUAGGUCAAACCAUCCUGGUAUGUUUGGGUCAUAGGUCAAACCAUCCUGGUAUGUUUGGGUCAUAGGUCAAACCAUCCUGGUAUGUUUGGGAUAUAGGUCAAACCAUCCUGGUAUGUUUGGGAUAUAGGUCAAACCAUCCUGGUAUGUUUGGGAUAUAGGUCAAACCAUCCUGGUAUGUUUGGGUCAUAGGUCAAACCAUCCUGGUAUGUUUGGGAUAUAGGUCAAACCAUCCUGGUAUGUUUGGGAUAUAGGUCAAACCAUCCUGGUAUGUUUGGGAUAUAGGUCAAACCAUCCUGGUAUGUUUGGGAUAUAGGUCAAACCAUCCUGGUAUGUUUGGGAUAUAGGUCAAACCAUCCUGGUAUGUUUGGGAUAUAGGUCAAACCAUCCUGGUAUGUUUGGGCAAUAGGUCAAACCAUCCUGUCAUGUUUUUAGCUACCAGAUCUUUUGCUUUCUUAAUUGUGUUCAUUAUCUAACAGUCUAACCUCGUAGGCUUUCUAGUCAUAUCAUGUUUUGUAUAUCUGCACUGUAACUACAUUUGUUUGAGGAGGCUAUUUCUAUUUUGCGUAUGAAAUAUGCUUGUGCAAAACACAUACCUGUAUUUCUUUGACCUGUUGGUCUCUAAUUCAGCUAAAUAAAAAUCUGAAGAAAUGUG